GCGCUAAGAUACAUACGUUUGUUUGCCAAACGCCAUUAAACCUCGGAGGAAGAAGUUCAGAUUCACCCCGCUCUCUGUUGUUUUGUCGGGAUGCUAAAAGGUUAGAAAUGUUGUUUCUGUAAGUAGAAAAAUACAUUUUUUUGAAUCAGGUCAGUAAAUACCUGUAAUAUUCUGAUCCUCACAGUCGUGACUAAGUUUUGAAGCAAGCAGGAAUAUCCGGAGGAGUAUCAUCUGAACUGAGAUCUGCUGCUGUGAAGAUGGUGUUUGUUAAAGAGGAGAGUGAGGAGAACACGAGUGAACCAGAAACCUGCAGAAUAAAACAUGAGGAACCAGAACCCUGGAGAAUAAAACACGAGGAACCAGAACCCUGGAGAAUAAAACACGAGGAACCAGAGCCCUGCAGAAUAAAACACGAGGAACCAGAGCCCUGCAGAAUAAAACACGAGGAACCAGAGCCCUGCAGAAUAAAACACGAGGAACCAGAAACCUGGAGAAUAAAACAUGAGCAACAAGGAGAGUUUAUUGAAGAAAGUGAGGAGAACCAAGAAUUGAGUGAAGUUGAGGAGAAAAAUCAUAUCAAAACUGGAGAAAAACAUUUGAGUUGCUCUCAAACCGAACAGAAAGAUUUACAGAAAAGAAGAGCUAAGAAGUCUUUCACCUGCACUCAGUGUGGAAAGAGUUUGACAAGCAAAUAUAAUCUUGAUGUUCACAUGAGAGUUCACACUGGAGAGAAACCGUUCACUUGUGAUCAGUGUGGGAAGAGUUUCACACAGUCGUUAAGCCUUAAGGUACACAUGAACAUCCACACUGGAGAGAAACAGUACAAGUGUUCACACUGUGACAAGAGAUUCAGUCGGUCAGGAGACCUGAAGAAACACAAGUUAGUCCACACUGGAGAGAAACCGUACACAUGUGAUCAGUGCGGGAAGAGUUUCGCACAAAAAGGAAGCAUUAUGACACAUAUGAGAGUUCAUACAGGAGAGAAACUGUUCAUAUGUAAUGAAUGUGGAAGGAGUUUUGCACACUUAGAAAACCUUAAGGUACACAUGAACAUCCACACUGGAGAGAAACCUUAUAAGUGUUCACACUGUGACAAGAGAUUCACUCGGUCAGGAGGCCUGAAGAAACACAAGGUAAUCCACACUGGUGAGAAACCGCACACAUGUGAUCAGUGCGAGAAGAGUUUCACACAAAGAGGAAACCUUAUGACACACAUGAGAGUUCAUACAGGAGAGAAACUGUUCAUAUGUAAUGAAUGUGGAAAGAGUUUUGCACACUUAGCAAACCUUAAGGUACACAUGAACAUCCACACUGGAGAGAAACCUUAUAAGUGUUCACACUGUGACAAGAGGUUCACUCAGUUAGGACACCUGAAGAAACACAAGGUAGUCCACACUGGAGAGAAACUGCACACAUGUGAUCAGUGUGGGAAGAAUUUUGCAUUAAAAGGAAGCCUUAUGACACACAUGAGAGUUCAUACAGGAGAGAAACUGUACACCUGUAAUCUAUGUGGAAAGAGUUUGAAAUGCAAAUAUAGUCUUGAUGGUCACAUGAGACUCCAUGCUGGAGAGAAACCAUACACAUGUGAUCAAUGCGGGAAGAGUUUCACACAAUCAGUACAUGUUAAAGAACACAUGAGCAUUCACACUGGAGAGAAACCUUAUAAGUGUUCACUCUGCAACAAGAGAUUCAAUAGGUCAGGAGACCUAAAAAAACAUGAGGGGAUCCACCUUGGAAUGAAACCUUACAAGUGUUCACACUGCAACAAGAGAUUCAAUAAGUCAACAAAUCUGAAAACACAUGAGAGGAUCCACACUAGAGAGAAACCUUACAAGUGUUCACACUGUGAUAAAAGAUUCAAUCAGUCUUCAAAUCUGAAAACACACGAGAGGAUCCACACUGGAGAGAAACCGUAUCACUGCACUGAAUGUGGGAAGCGUUUCAAUCAUUCAUCUGCGCUACACAGACAUACAAAAAACAAUCACAAUAAAGACCCGUACACACGUACACACAUUUAGCUGUAUAGGUAAAUAUUUUGUAUUGUAUCGGCGUUUCGUCCAGAUGGAUCCAGCACUUUAGGAGCAUGAAACUGCUAUUUUUUUAAAAAUAAAAAAAAAUAUUGGAUAAAUCUGAAAAUGACACCUUUGCGUUUUGUGUGCACAAUCAGUCCAUAUAUUUUUUGAAACGAAGAUGUCAUUGCCCUAUGUCUCGACCCCAGUCAGACACCGCUACAUCACGUAACAGCAACAACAACAACAACAAUGGUGGACUACAUGCUUGUGUUUGUGCUGUAGAAGCUACUGAGCCUAUUAACUUUACCAACUUUACUAGCUUUUCUUGUUAUGUUGGGUUUGUAUGUAGUGCGCAAGGUUUAUGAACAUGAUCCAAGUCCUCUUCUCUGUUCUUAGUGUAUCUCUGUGGCAGGAUUACAGUGCCACAUACUGGUCUGACAUGUAUACUACAUCAUUUUAAGUCGGUUUCAGUGGUUUCGUGUGUACGCAGAUAUUUCUUGAGACGACGAUGUGUUUACGGAAGAAUGAGGAGAAAAAAAAAAAAAAGAUUGGAUAGGGAAAGCUUUGCCUUCAUGUAGAUGAGCCCAACGUAGAUCAUCUUCAGAUCCGGCAUUUUCAGAUCUGAUGCUGUCUUCUCACCAAAUGUGAAACAAUAAUGCAUUAAUCCAUUAAUGAUAAUGGAAUAUCAUCUGGAUAAAUCAGUUCUAGCCAGUCAUUGCACGUGACAUGACAAAGAAACAUUAUCUAAAGUUUCCACAGUGAAUAAAUUUCAACUUCAUCUUCAAAACCAGCAGAUUCAACUGCGAGAUUCAGUUCAACUCAAAGAUGGAGAUCCUCCCCAAAGAACAAUGUCAAAAUUAUUGUGUAUAAUUUGGUUAAUGAUAUAAAUGAUAUCAUUGUGUUUUCUUAUGAGUUUCAUAUUAUGUUCAAUUGUCUUAUAACGCAUGUGUAUCACUUGUAGUUUGCUGACUCUUUCAUGAAGGAAAGUAGAAGCUUUUUACAAACUGUUCAUGAUCAGGAAGCUGAUGAAGAGACUGUAACACUUUUAAGAGAGACUGAGAUUUUUUUUUUUUUAAACUGUUCUUCAUUGUUGUUUUUAAAAAUGAUUUGAGUUAUUCUUCUGCUUAAGAUAUAUUUUGGAAACGCAGAUGCAAGAUAUACUGUCAUGUGGCUUUGUAAUUGAUCCUUCUUUGCUUCUCUUGUAAGUAGGAAUGGAUACCUGAACCCAGUAUUAAACGAGACCUGGGGCUAAAUUACGAAAGACCGUAGUAUCGAUAAUGUUAACUGUUCUACUUUUGGUGCUGGUAAAUUAAGAAAAUACACUUAUAAUUUAUUAUUGGUGCAUAAAUAUUAUCAAGCUAACUGUAUCUUGCCAAAUGUUUUCAUAUGCGAUAAUAUCGAGACAUUUGUCACUGAUGCGUUUUUGCAAUCCAGAAGCUAGAUCUCUAUUGUACUUUAGGUCUGCUUAACCUAAUUUUAUUUUAGAUUUAGUUUGACUUCCAAGGAUUAUGAAAACGAUAUGUUUGAGGUUAGAACGCAAAUGUCCUAUGCUUGUAAAUGUGGUUAUUUGUUUAAUAUUGGGAAUUUCCCAUGUGUAUUAAAGUUACAUAUCUUGUAACAGUAGCGGACAUCAGAUGAGCAUGAUGAACAUCAGAUGGAUGAGAUCCUCCACAUAUGUAUUACACAUGAUUAAGUGCACAUUCUGAAAUCUGAAUGAAGUUUUAUGCUAUAAAUUUGCAUAUACCUUAAUUCACCUUGUAAUUAAUAGUAGAUUAUUCUUCUUACUGUGUUAAGAGGGUCGGUGAAUGUGGUCAGCACAAGAAUUACAGUAGUUUAAGCCGCGGUCACUCUAAACAUUGAGCAUGUGAAGUUUCACUGUAAAAUUGAGCAGGAAUGCAGGGAAAUUGGCUUGAGCUUAUGUUUCAGUGUCCCACAUUCACAUAUAAAUGGAAGUCAAUGAAACUGUUGGAAAUUCAAACACAGAUCAGGGAGACUUGACGUCUCUUCAGCAGGUUUCUUCAUUGAGAAUGUGCUGUGUGACGCUGCAGUCAUCAAAGUUCAACUAAAGCCACGUUUCAUUGUAGUUUAUAUUUUUUACAGCAGUGAUUCUCAAACCUGUCCUGGAGUACCCCAGCCCUACACAUUUUUUUAUGUUUCCCUCAUUGAUCACACCUGAUUCAACUCAUCAGCUCAUUAGUGGAGACUGCAAGACCUGAAGUGGGUGUGUCGGAUAUAGGGAGACAUACAAAAUGUGCAAUGCUGGGGGCACUUCAUGGAGAGGUUUGAACACCAUGGUUUUACAGAAUCAGUGUUCACCUGGGUGACAUCCUUAAAUAAAGAAUGCAAUUGAGGUAUUCGGGUAUCAUUACCUGCCCCAGAUUCUAGAGUUUGGGAUGGGGCUUCAUGAGCCAUUAAAGACAAUGGGAGAGAGUCUCUGUAAUCUGGCUCAUUUGAGUUAUGAUGAAGAGAACAGGAACCUCAUGCUAGAGACUUUGCUUAAUCAUUCAUCCAAUGUCAUAAUUUUUACCUUAAUUAGGGGUUCAUGUGCAGUAGUGACAUCUACACCUGUGACUCAUGUUGUACCAGACACAUUCUGAGGGAUGCUGAAGGCCAAAAUGCAUCAGUGUGCAAUGUUUUAACCAUUCUAAAUGUCUCUAUUGUAGUAGCCAGGUUGUGAAUAAAGCCUUUUAUUAAUUUUC